AUGAGUCAUGUUUGUCUUGAGAAUAAUUAUUUUUUGGACUACGGAAACAGAGUGUACAAUUGCUAUAUUUAUAAUGUUAAGAUAGACACGGAGGAGCACGUUAAUUUGAUUGACACGAAAUUCUUAAGUUUCACAGUCGAUCCCAAAUAUCUAUUCGGUUCCAGUGAGAAAUAUGACAAUAAACACUGUUUCUGUAUGGCGUCUUCAUUAACUCCAGCAUAUCUCCGUAUAGCUGGACCUUCCACUUCGCAUAUCACGUUCACCAACACAACAAUUACUAUUAAUAAAGACUAUACAAAUAAUUAUCAUUCACUAAAUUCACAAAAGGAACGAAUGAAUGAACAAUCAGUGAGUCACAAACAAUGGGCCAAGUUCGUACAUUGGACAAAAAAGAUCGGUUUCGAUUUAGUUUUUGCUCUAAACAAUCAAAUUAAAAUGUCGUCUGGAAUGUGGGAUCCCAAUUCUGCUUUGGAUACAUUGACUGUUGCUGAAAAGGUGAAAGUCGGUGAUAUUUACUGGCAGUUAGGAUACGGUAUGUAUCCCGCCGCACUCACUCUGUACGGAGCGAACAUGGAUGACGAACCUGCGAGAUUCUCACUUAAAUUAUCUAAAAAAGAAGACGGUGGGGACAUCAUGCAGUUUAUAUUCAACCUGGAUACUAACGGGAAUAUUGUAGUGAAUGGGAGAGCAAUGUAUUUGCAAGGCGAUAUUCGUCCUGUGGUCAAACGUGUAUGACCUUAUAAAUCACUUUUAAUCAAUCUCCCACCGAAAUCUUUCGGCUUUUGGGUACUAGCGAAUACAAAAGUGGAGGCUUGUAUUUAUAAAGAAUACAACGAAUCUAAAAUAACUGAAGAUAUAUUAGUUGAAGAGGAAAAUGGAAAAUCUCAAAGAUCAUUAAGAAAUAAACGCAAUUUAGAUUUAGAUAAAUCACUUGAUGUUUCUGAUGAGUACUUAACUACAGACUUCGAAGUAAACAAUAACAAUAACUUACGGAAACAGAUUAACAACUUGAAUAACGAAUUGAAAAACUUUCAUGAAUAUUUGACUACUAAAAAAGACAACAAAGAUUUUCCAAUUAGAUUCAAACGACAAACAGAUUACAAAGAAAAUUUACAAAAAAGUAUUAGAAAGGGGGUAAAAUCGAAGUAUUUUAGAAAUGAACGUGAUAGAUUCGAUUUUAAAUCAAAUUUAUUGGAGAAAUUGAUUGCAUUUAAGAAUGAAAAGUUAUCAAAAAUGAACAAAAGCAGGUUUAAUAGAAAGAAUAUAAAACGAUCUAAUAAAAUACAAUCUAAUGAAUAUGACGAAUUGAACGAAGAAAGUGGAAACAGGAAAAGGCGGAGCAUUAAUGACGAAAUUGUAAAAGGCAAUACUGAAAGUUUUAGAAAAGAGAAAAAAUAUUUAUACAAGAGUAUAGAAAAUGAAAUAGAUUCUGAUGAUAAUUAUUUACCUGUAGAUAAUAAAUUGAAAGGGAGUUUACAUUUUCCAUUAAAAAUUAAUAAUGAAAAUGAUGAUUUAGAACUUAAUGAAAUAACUCUGAAAACUAAAUUGUCAGAAGAUGGCGCUGUUAUAAACAUCAGUGAGAAAGCAAAUUCCGGACUGCUGAGGUUCACUUUCGAAGAUAUUGUUAACAUGUUAGUAGAUUUUAACAAAAAAAUAAACAAAUUUUGGAGCGUUUUAACUGUCUUGGACUAA